AUGAACAGGCCCUUCGUCCUCAUACCUCUGUACAUUUACCCACUCGAGAAGGCAUGGGAACCGCUGUUUCAGAUCGCCGAAGCACACCCCGAGGUGCUUUUCGUCGCCAUUAUCAAUCCUAACAGCGGUCCGGGCCAAACGUCACUACCUGAUGCGAGCUACGUGGCGGCGCUGCGUCGGAUGCGCAAAAUUCCAAACAUCCACACCCUAGGCUACGUUCACUGCAGUUAUGGUCAUCGGCCCGUUGACGCCAUCAAGGCGGAAAUUGACGUCUAUCGCGGGUGGAAGGGCUGCCUCGAGCUGGGUGGCAUCUUCUUUGACGAGACGCCGUCCGAUGCUCACUACGUGCGGUUCAUGGCCACCCUGGCUGACCACACUAGGUCGACAUGGCAGCGGGACCUGGGAAGGUACGGAAGGGUUAUUUAUAACCCUGGUGUUGUGGUUGGACACAAAUACUUUGACUACCCUGACUACGUCGUCGUCUUUGAGCAGUCGCAUGAUCACUGGAACCGUAUUUUUGCAGAGCAAGAGCUACGGUAUGCUUCGGCCGAAGCACGGGCCAAAUCAGUGGCCAUUAUUCACUCUAGUCCGGCAAAGGGCAGCAUGGUUGAAGCUCUGACGAGGCAGAUUCGAUCCCUUGGGGUUACGGGCAUUUUUGUGACGGAUGAGCAAGGUGGUGGCUACACAAAAUGGCCUGUAACAUGGAAGCAAUUCGCUGAAGCCAUGGCCGCCAUGUAG